AUGUCCGAUUCGACUUUAAACUCUAAUUCUCCGGCGAUUCCGUCCCCCACCAAGCCUGAAUUGCUUCGCGCGCUUGAGUUCCAUCUGGGUUCUUCUUUCAGCGUCGAUCCGAUAACUCCUCCACCAAACCCUCUAAUCAUCGUGAUCAGCGGAGCAAGCGGCGUCGGAAAAGAUGCGGUGAUUAACAAACUCCGAGAAGCUCGUGAAAGUUUACAUUUUGUGGUGACUGCUACGAGCCGUCCGAUGCGUCCAGGAGAGAUCGACGGGAGAGAUUACUUCUUCGUCUCGAAAGAUGAGUUUUUGUCAAUGGUGGAGAAAGAUGAGCUUCUCGAGCACGCUCUAGUUUACGGCGAUUACAAAGGGAUCCCUAAGAAGCAGAUUCAGGACUUCAUGGCUAAAGGGUGUGAUAUUGUUUUGAGAGUCGACGUUCAAGGAGCUCAGACGCUAAGGAAGAUUCUUGGGAACUCAGCGGUGUUUGUAUUCCUCGUGGCGGAGAGUGAGCUUGCGAUGGUUGAGAGGUUGGUUGAUCGGAGAACGGAGAGUCAUGAGGAGUUGCUUGUUAGAGUUACGACGGCGAGAGAAGAGAUUAGGCAUGUCAAGGAUUUUGAUUACGUAGUGGUGAAUGCGAAAGGGAAGCUUGAAGAUUCGGUUAAGCGUGUUGAAUCUAUUAUUGAUGCUGAGAAAUCUAAAGUGUCGGAGCUUCAUAAACUGGAGGAAGCUAGAGGCUCAAACGACACCGUUUUCGAUCUUAGAAGCAGUAUUGAGAAAGGAGAUAGCGGCGAAACCGCAGACGCAGCUUCUGUCUCCUCCGCGACCGCGUUUCGGAGAAAAUCAACGGUCCCAGCACCGGAGAAGAAGCUGACGCUAUUCGCUCUAAAACUCGCGAUUCUCGAGAAAACCGCCACCGGAAUCGGAACCCUUGGGUUUAUCUGGGCUACGGUGGUUCUUCUCGGCGGCUUCGCGAUCACGCUCGACGGUUCCGAUUUCUGGUUCAUCACCAUCAUUCUCCUAAUCGAAGGUGCUCGAAUCUUCAGCAGAAGCCACGAGCUCGAAUGGCAGCACCAAGCCACGUGGACCGUCGCCGGCGUCGGACUCAGCAGCUUCCGCGCUCUCCGAUCAAGCUCCGCUUCACUUCUCAGGAAUCUAAAACAAAUCAGUGCAUCGAUCUUCAUGCCGAUUCUAGGCAACCGAUCUCGAGAAGCGACGACGUCACGAGACUGCGUCGCUCGAGAAUCGACGUUCGACGAGACGUGGAACAACAACUCAGACGUACCUCUCCUUCCAUACGCGAGAUGGUUCUUCAUCUCCUCCACAGUGAGUCGAUUCCUCUACUGGCUCCAGCUAAUGUCCGCGACGGCCUGCGUGGCUCUCUCUCUAUACAAGCUCGUCAAGCACGACUACGGAGACGUACACAAAGGAGACACGGACAAGAGGAACAGACAAUCCGCUCUCAACAUCUUCUACUCGCUCGCUCUCGCCGAGGCGAUGCUGUUUCUUAUGGAGAAAGCUUAUUGGGAGUGGCAAGUCAGUGUUUGUAAUCUGCUUGAGAACGUGACGAGAGAGUGUGAGUUUGGUGUUACUGGUUUAGUCUCCAUCAAGAGGUUUUUCUAUGAUUCUUACUCAAAGUGUGUCAAUGGGAGUAUCUUUGAUGGUUUGAAGAUGGAUAUUGUGAGCUUUGGUAUGGAGCUUUUGGGAUCAAACUCUUCCGAUGAACAGCUCAUCGGAGCUAGAAUUCUCAGGCAGUUCUCUGUGAAUGAACGUUACUCUGAGGAUACUCUUGAGAAGAUCGGAAUCAACUUCCCUGUCGUCGAAAGGUUGGUGGAGAUGUUGAAUUGGAAAGAUCUGCAAGAGGAAGAGAUAAGGAGAUCAGCGGCUGAGAUACUGUCGAAACUCGCCGGGAAAAAGCAGAACUCUUUAAGAGUCGCUGGGAUCUCUGGAGCAAUGGAAUCGAUUUCAUCGUUGUUAGAGAGCACGAGGUCAUCAGGUGAAGCACCUGAUGAGAUUGGAGAGAAGAAAGUGUUCCAUGACCAUAACCUACACUACGAUUUCUAUAGAUUCAACAAUUUGGGACUCUUGCUUCUGAAGAAGCUAGCCAAAGAUCACGACAACUGUGGGAAGCUAGGCAACACGAGAGGUCUUCUCCCGAAGAUUAUUGAUUUCACACACGUGGACCAAGCUGUAUUGAGAGAUGAUAACGCAGACGUUGCUAGGUCGCAGGUUCUGACGCUGAAACGGUCGCUUCAGCUGGUGAAAAUGUUAGCUAGUACAACAGGGAACACAGGGAAAUGCCUCCGGAGAGAGAUCUCGGAGAUUGUAUUCACAGUGAGCAACGUGAGGGACGUGCUGAGACACGGUGAGCGAUACCCGAAGCUGCAGAAGCUCGGGAUCGGGAUCUUGACGAACCUAGCGCUUGAGGCGGAAGCAAGGGAGAGAAUUGGAGGAACUGGUGGGGUGUUGAAAGAGCUGUUCAACAUUUUCUUGAAACAGGACACAGAUAGGGACGAUCAUGGGGGUGAAGGAGGUGUGAGGAUCGCUGCAGGAGAAGCGAUAGCGAUGCUUGUGUUGGAGAGCAAGAGCAACUGUCUACAUGUGCUUAGGCUUGGUGUUACGGGAAGGCUUGUGGAAGCACUUGAAGUUCCUUCGAUCCGUGUUAACGCUGCAAGAGUGUUGAGAAACUUGUGCUUGUUCUCUGGAGAUGAAUGCUUCCAUGACCUCAAGUUCGUUAAAGCAGCUGCACCAACGGUGUUGAAGUCAAUAACAUCAGAAGACAAUAAACUUCAGGAAGUGAUGGUGGGAUUAGCAGCACAAGUGUUUAGAUUCAUGAGUGCGGAGGAUUCGAGCUAUGUUUUCAUGGAUUCAGGGGUCAAGAGGAAGGAACUAGCGAACUCGUUGGUUUCGAUUCUUAGAAAGCACGACAAGCCGGCGAUCAAGGUUCCGAGGAUCAGGAGGUUUGCGAUCGAGCUGGCGGUUUGGAUGAUGGAGGAUGAUGUGGAGAACAAUGUAGCGGUGUUUAGAGAGCUGGGUCUGGAGAAAGAGCUUGAGAAGGUUCUUGAAACUACGGCUGAGCUUGAGAACUUUGAUGUUUUCUCCGGUACUGUUGGUGUGAGCCGUCAUAGUAGAACGGUCCAUUCGUUAGCCGAGCUAGCUUUGAAGAUUCUUGAAUCAUAA